AUGGGUUGUGGUGUACUAUUCACGCCCUAUACGCAACAAGAUAUUGACAACGAAAUAGCCGCUUUCACACCUCGUUUACCUGUAGCCGUACUUAUGAAUGGUGGUAUUAUUAAACUUCAAGGUGCCAAUGGAUUUUUCAAUCCGAAUUCUCUUCUCGAUCCGAGUUGGCUAAGAGGCAAAAUGACGCCGCAACAAUAUUACGAAGCAAUCGAUUAUAUUAAUAAAUGCACGGGCUACACUAGUAUUGGCAUGAAUAGGGGUUAUUCGCCAUCUGAAAUACCGAUGCGUCAACAAUUACGAGUUCAAGCAGGAAUGGCUGCAGUGGAAAAGGUCAAUGAAAAGAAUCCAUCAGUUCAUUUUACUUAUCAACAAACAGCCGAAAGCAUAGAAAUGGAUACAAGUUGGAGUACAGAUCCAGGUAUGCGCUAUAUUAACAGACGCCGUGCUCCCAUUGGUCAUUCCUCAGUGACUGAUCUUUAUAUUACUUUCAAUUGA